GCUGCUCCCGGGCUCUGACCGCGCGGGCCUGGGGAUCGGGAGCCUGCUGCUGGCGCCGCAGCAGCCACUGCAGCAGCAUGGGGCGCUUCCGAGGCGGCCUGCGCUGCAUCAAAUACCUGCUGCUCGGCUUCAACCUGCUCUUCUGGUUGUCGGGCUCAGCUGUUGUUGCCUUCGGACUAUGGUUUCGGUUUGGAGGUGCUAUGAAGGACUUCUCAGCAGAGGACACGUCACCAGACUAUGUCUAUAUGGGGCUCUACGUGCUGGUUGGAGCCGGGGCCCUGAUGAUGGCAGUGGGGCUCUUCGGCUGCUGUGGGGCCAUGAGGGAGUCCCAAUGUGUGCUUGGAUCCUUUUUCACCUGCCUCCUAGUGAUAUUUGCUGCUGAAGUAACCACUGGGGUAUUUGCCUUUAUAGGCAAGGAUGUAGCUAUACGACAUGUUCAGACCAUGUAUGAAGAGGCAUAUAACAGUUACCUGAAGGACAGAGGAAAGGGAAAUGGGACGCUCAUAACCUUCCAUUCAACAUUUCAGUGCUGUGGAAAAGAGACUUCUAAGCACGUCCAAUCCCUAUGCCCAAAGGAGCUGCAAGAAUAUAAGAACUGCAUUGAUGAAAUCGAGUCUGUAAUCAGCGUGAAACUUCAGCUCAUUGGAAUUGUCGGCAUUGGAACUGCAGGUUUCAUGAUCUUGGGCAUGAUAUUUAGCAUGGUUCUCUGCUGUGCGAUCCGAAACUCGCGAGAUGUGAUAUGAAGCUCCUUCUCCUGAAAACUACAAUUUAGUGCUUUCAUGCAAUGAUGUCAGGAGCUGUCUCCCCAGCUCGUCUUCUUAGUCAAAGGACAUUAGUCUUGAAAGUAAUUUGCUGUUAAUUGUAUAUUUGCACACGUAUGUUUGACCCGUUCCUGGUUACCCUGUGAGUGAAUGCUGCCUAUGGUAAUAGAGUACUUUUACAUUUGUGGUCUGUAUGUUUUGGGUACAAGCAUUAUAUAGAAUGCCAUUUUUUUUUCUGGAAAAAUCCUGCUUCUUGUUAUGGAAGAGAUAGAACCUAUUUAACUCUGGGGAUAUGUGUAGGGGGAAUUUUUUUUUUUUAACUUUGAUAAACAUAAAAUCUUAUCCAUUUCGAAAGAAUGGUAAUGGUUAGUUUCUCAGAGUCUAGCCAUAGAGAGUGAGAUACAAAGAAUUUAGGAUUCUAGUAAAAAGAAGUAAGCUAUGGGAAUUGAAGGAAAGAGAGAGAGCAUGGUGCAAGGUUAAAAUUGAGUGUAGCUGAGUUGACUGUGUCAGAGUACCAGUGUUCACUGGAAUAUUUUUAAUACAUCGUCUCCCUUGAAUUCCUUACAACACAAAGGACGAAACACAUCUAUAGAGCCAAGUAUU